AUUCAACAUGUCUCUGGAAUGAAGCCCAUCACUUACAAUUGCUGCAUCAAUUCCUGUGUGGCAUACAUAGGUGCCCUUGCCAAACUCAGGUGUUGUCCACACUGCAGUGAACCAAGGUUCAAGACAAAUGGCAAGCCUGCACAGUCAUAUCAUUAUCUACCAAUCAUUCCUCAGCUUCAAGCUCAAUAUGCUAACACUACU